AUGAGAAUAGCUAUAUUGGGUGCAUCCGCUUCGGCUUCCGGUGCUGUCGAUGGUAUUUUGACUUAUGGUAUCUCGUACAUGCAAGGCAUCGGUGGUCUGAAAAGCUGGCAAUGGACAUUUUUACUUGAAGGUUCUCCGAUAAUUCCACUUGGCGUUCUUGUCUAUCUUCUUCUUGACAAAGUACCAAAUGCUGUUCAGUGGUUGAAUAAUAUAGAGAAACAACUAUUGACAAAUCUUCUUCGAGAUGAUGCCGGUGUAGCUGACAGUGAAUCUAUCCCAGGAACUCGACUUUCAUGGAGACAAGUGCGCUAUGUUUUUAUUGAUUGGCAAAUCUAUCUGUACAGUAUUAUUGCUGGUGGCAAUUUUGCCGCUAUCAAAUAUCUGAUAACGUUCCUUCCAACUCUGACCAAAGCUGUUGGUUACACCAAAACUGAAGCACACUUAAUGACAGCACUACCUUAUGCUGUUGCAUGUGUUUGUGCGCUUCUGAUUUAUAGAGAAGUUGAUAAGCCGAUGUAUCAACGCGGGCACUUAAUUUGUGGUGGAUUGAUAGCUGUUAGUAUGGUUGCUACCAUUAUUUUACGCAUUUAUUUAAUGAAAGAAAAUAACCGGCGAACAAAUUUAUCAUCUGAGGAAUAUACACGUGAAGCUACUAUCAAAGAACCUUGCGAUCGCGUAGGUUCAUAUUUGAUUUCUUAUUUUACAACGUGUGUAUUCUAA